AUGGACCAGGUCUCUCUUGGGGUCACAUAUGCCCUCCUAGUGGAUCCCUGGAUUGAGCGGCCCUGCUGUGGGGACCCCGUAUGCGUGCAUACGACCAUGGAGCAGAAGAGCACAGCCAGCAGUGCUCCUGGUGGUAACUGCACCUCCUCCCAGUAUGGCAGCCUCGCCGCUCCCACCGCCAGACCCGCGGUUUGUCCUCCGAGGUACCCAGUCGGCAGUACAUGCGCUGCAUUUCUUCGGAGGAGCCAAAGGGCAGGGGCAGCCGCUCCUCCUCUCAGGAUCCCUGAGUGGGCUGGUGCACAUCUGGAGCCUGCAGACACGGAGGGCGGUUGCUACCCUGGACGGCCAUCGGGGCCAGUGUGUAACCUGGCUGCAUUCAUUGCCCCAAGGGCACCAGCUCCUCAGUCAGGGCCGGGACCUGAAGCUGUGCCUAUGGGACCUGGCGGAGGGCAGAAACGCUGUCGUGGACUCCAUGCGCCUGGAGAGCAUGGGCUUCUGCAGGAGCACCGUCCUGGCCAGGGGUCAGAGGCACUGGAUGCUGGCCAUGCCGGGGAGAGGCAGUGACGAGGUUCAGAUUCUGGAGAUGCCAUCCAAGACGUCAGUGUGCACCCUGAAGCCGGAGGCAGAUGCCAAGCCGGGCAUGCCCAUGUGCCUGGAGCUGUGGCAGGCCGAGUCCAGUCCCCGCCCACUCCUCCUGGCCGGCUAUGAGGACGGAUCAGUGGCCCUGUGGGACGUCUCUGAGCGGAAGGUGUGCAGCCGUGUCGCCUGCCACACAGAGCCCGUCAUGGGCUUUGACUUUGACUCCCAAAAGGCCAGGGGCGUCUCGGGCUCUGCGGAGAAGGCGCUGGCUGUCUGGAGCCUGGAUGAGCAGCAGGCCCUGCAGGUAUGCAAAACUCAUGAACUCACCAAUCCCGGGAUUGCUGAUGUCAAGAUCCGGCCAGACCGCAAGAUCCUGGCCACUGCAGGCUGGGACCAUCGUGUCCGUGUGUUUCACUGGCGGACAAUGAAGCCACUGGCUGUACUGUCCUUCCACAGUGCUACUGUCCACUGUGUGGCCUUCGCUGCCAAUGGCUUGCUUGCUGCAGGGUCCGGGGAUCAGCGCAUCAGCAUCUGGUCACUCUACCCGAUUAGCAGUGACUCAUCCACUCCCUUAUCAGGACAUGUGGAGGACACGGAGGUGGGAGCCCAUGCCUUGGCCUGACCCAGGCAUGUAGUAACCGUGCAUCAGGACCCUUGAGGACAACCAGUCACAGUUAUCUUCCUCCAGUUACGAGAGGUGUCCAGUCCUUGGAGUCCUCAUUUUCUUCACAAGGCUUGGGUUUCCUUUUUUUUUUUUUUUUUUAAUUUUUUUAAAUGUCUUUAUUUUUGAGAGAGAGAGAGAGAGAGAGAGAGGGAGACACAGGAUCCGAAGCAGGCUCCAGGCUCUGAGCUGCCAGCACAGAACCCGACACAGGGCUUGAACCCACGAACCGUGAGAUCAUAACUUGAGCCUAAGUCAGACACUCAACCAACUGAGUCACCCAGAUGCCCCGGCUUAUGUUUCCUUUUGUGAAAUACAGCCUCUGUCUGACAGUGACUGCAGUUUACAAAGAGUAACCGGGCCAGACACCUGGGCAUCUGUGGUCCAGGUGAGAGGCCAACCUGGGGAUACUAUUUUAUAAUAAACUUCCGGUUGCAAACCUGCA